CCACUAUCUGCUUUCUUAUAAACAAUAUCGCAAUUUUCAAACCCCAAUGGGCAAUAUAAUAUCCUGGAUAUCUUCCUACGCCGACGUAGCACCGCAGCACAAGCAGCAGGUACUGGACGAAGCGUACACGCAAAUUGCGCGCUGGUAUGACGGCAAGCACAAGAGCGCUGGCUUCAAUGCCGCUGGGCUCGCCAAACAGCAGCUAGCUGAAUACUUGCCCAGCGCGCAUAUGCUCGACUUAGCCGGGGGGACUGGUGACAUGACUGUAUAUUUCCAGAGCCGACAGGCUGCACUCAAACGCACAGCGGUUAGCACCGUCUACGAUCUGAAUGCACACAUGCUGGAGAUAGCACAAAGGCGCCUCGAAAACAAAGAAUGGAGGGACCGCGUAGCGAUUAGGCAGGGUAAUGCUGAGCAUCUGCCAUAUGCGGAUGGAGAGUUUGGCGUGUGCUGCUGCGCGUUUGGCUUGCAUAAUAUGCCGAACCGGCGGAAGGUGCUGGAGGAGGCAAUGCGUGUGCUUAAGCCAGGCGGCGUAAUGGCGGUGUUGGAGAUGAACACAGGUGAUUCGUGGGCAUGGCGCGCAGCCUACAUGGGAUUCCACUGGCUGCUGGUGAUGCCGUUGCUGAGCCUGCAGGGGUCGGGUAGCGAGGUACAGAGGCGGCUGAUUGUGAGUGCCUUGAAUUUUCCGGCGCCCAGCAGAUUCACGCAGGAGCUGAGGGACGCAGGCUUUGUUGUGGACGAGCAGAGGUCGCAGAGCAUCUGCUACAGGUACUACCGCAUAUUCAUCGGUGUCAAGCCGCAAUAGAGGUGUUGGAUAGAUUUCACAACAUCCUUUGUGAACGUCACAAGCAAGACACAGGGGUUUUUGGUCUUCAUUAGGGUGUUUAUGUAUCGUACGGAGAUGAGAAAAC